AUGGGUACUUCAAAAAGUGAAACGAGUAAUUUUAUUUACUCAGAAUCGUCUUCUUUUAGUGAGAUGGGCACUUCAGAGAGUGACUUUGAUAACGAAGAAACAAAGAUGCCAGUAAUUGUGAAUAAGGAACAAGAUGGAUAUCAACCAAAAGUUGGAAUGAUAUUUUCAAAUGAAGAUGAAGCUUAUGAUUUUUAUAAUAAAUAUGCUAAAUUUGUUGGCUUUACUGUGAGAAAAUCACAUUAUCGUAGAUUGACAGAUGAAACCAUAAGCCAAAAGACAUUUGUUUGUGGAAGAGAAGGGUAUAGAAGGUUGAACAACCCUUCACAUGCGAAGAAGAUAAAUAGGAGAGAAACAAGAACGAGUUGUCAAGCUAUGAUAUGUUUCAAAAUUGAGAAGGAUGCUUGGGUUGUUUCUAAAUUCAUUCCAAAUCAUAAUCAUGAUCUUGUGAAAUCAUGUGCAAGAGCUAUGUUAAGAUCACACAUGCAUGUAAGUGAAGCAUAUGCUAAUAUGCUUGAAGAUAUGGACAAUGCUGGUGUAAAACCAUGUAGUGUGUAUUCAUAUUUUGUUGAGGCUGCUAGAGGAGUGGAAAAUGUUGGAUUUUGA